AUGAUGGCAAUCCUUAAAUCUGAAUGGAAUUUAACUUCAUCCCAGACUUCUAACAUUGGGUCAUCCUAUUUGUUAGGAAUAGUGUUAGGGAACAUACUUUCUGCUUUUCUUGUCGAUAAAAUUGGUAGAAAAACGACUUUUGCAUUUUCUACAGCAAUUAGUACGUUUUUAUGUUUUAAAAUAAGUUUUACUAAAGCAUAUAUAGAAAUGAUCCUUUUAAGAUUGUUCUUUGGAAUGAUAUUCGGGAUAACCUAUCAAUUAGGGUUCAUAAUCCUCUCAGAAAUAACUGAAGCGAAAUUUCGAGGCCGAUUUAGCAUGUCUCUUUCACUUCUAUUUGUUUUGGGGAAAAUAUUCUUGAUAAUUCUUUGCUUUGCAUUUUUAGACAGUUUUGAAGCUGGGAACUGGGAAGGUUUAAUGCUUUUUAAUGUAGUGCCAUUGAGUAUUGCCUCAGUGCUUUCAUUUUUAUUUUUAAAAGAAACUAUCAGAUAUUAAUUGAACUAAGGAAAGUUUGAUUAGGCAUUCAAAGAAAUAGAAACCAUUUUAGAAGAAAAUGGAAGGGAGGAACACCUAUUAGAUGAAGAAGAAGUAACCUAUAAAAAAAUAUUAUUAUAGAAAAAAGGGUUAUAAAAUUGGUAAGAAAAACAAAAAGCUGAAUUUCAAGAAUAGCAAUUGCACAAAUAUGGGAUAUUCUCUUCUGAAUACAGAACAAUUACCCUUUUACUCUGGCUAAUCUUUAUCUUGGCUAACUUCUAAAGCAUGACUAUUUAUCUUUUGAUGCCAUUUUUGUUAGCCCGUAAAAAUUCAGGGUUUAGUUCUAUGCUAAUUUUGUUUAGUUUUGAAUUCUGCUUCUCAAUCAUCAUCUAUUAUUUUAUUGACAAUCCUCAUUAUGGCAAUAGGAUAAAAAUAAUCGCUUAUUCAGGAUUUGCUUUAUUAUUAUCCAACGUUUUACUCUACAUAUAUUAAGAAUCAUUUCUCUAUGUUGGUUUGUUUAUUAUUAAAAUUGCAACAAGAGGGUUGUUUUCAACUAUUAGCAUUUUAGCUUGUGAAAGUUACCCUUUGUAUCUAAGGUCAUAAGGGUGUGGAAUAGCAUAGGCAGUAGGCAAAAUAGGGGUGAUCCCUUCUCCAUAUUUGUUGGUUCCUUUACUAUUCUUUGAUCCAUAUUUGCCUUUUUUAUUGAUGGCUUUAUUGUCAGUUUUAAUUUUGAUGUUUGCUUGUGUUUUUGAUAAAGAUAAAACACUCAAGCACUUAGAAACUUUAAAAGAUGAAUGA